AUGGCGAAGCGACCGCACCGAGGGGAAGAGACGACGCCCGAGCCCGCGGGCGAGGCCCCGGGCGCGCGCGCGGGGCGUGAGGCGGAGUGCAGGGGCACGCUCGAGGCGCUCAACGCGCAGUUCGCGUCGUGGGUCGCGCGACGCGCGGUGGAGCACCCGUUGACGUCGUGGCGACGCGGGUGCGAGGAUUACCUGAAACAUUUGGAUUCGAUAAAGGGAACGUUUCGGGACGUGCUGGAGACGGACGCGGCGGACGCGGCGGACGGGGCGACGGCGAAACCGGCGGCGACGACGGCGACGGCGAUCGCGGGGGGGGCGAACCCGUUCGGGGGGGGUGGGUCCAUCUUUGGCGCGGCGAAUUCGGGCGGGGGGUCGUUGUUCGCGACGGCGCCGCCGGCGGGUUCGAUUUUCGGCGCCUUGCCGGUGGCCCCGGGCGGCGGCGUCGGUGCGGUCGCCGGUGGGGCGAAGGGUGAGGAUGAGGAUGAUGAGGACGAACCGCCUCGUCCGAGUUCGCCGUCGUACAAGGCGAACGAGGCGACGGAGGAUGAACACGAGACGGUGCUCUUGCGCGUCGGCAAGGUGAAAUUCCAUACCAAGAAGGACGCGUCGGAGCCCAACUGGGCCGACCGCGGGGUGAAUAGCUUUGAAUUUAGGCGUGAAAAAUCCCCAGGCGAGGGCGGGGUGAACAGAUGCCGCGUGCUCAUGCGAAACACCAUCGGAAAGGCUGUCCUGAACGCCGGUUUGUACGCCAAGAUGUCUGCGACGUUGACGGAGAAAAAUAAUAAGGACGGAAGUAAGACGGCCAACGGGCUGAUGUUCACCGCGUUCAACGCGGAAGAAGACAAUCAGAAGACUCUGGUAUACUUGCGCUUCGGGAAGGAGAGCGACGCGAAGGAGCUCCACAAGCUCAUCACCGAGCACGUCGCCAAGAUGUGA